AUGCCCGCUUCUUCGCUCGUCAAGUCUGUCGCCCUCGCUGGAGCUGGCACACUCGGAUCCGUCAUCCUUCCUGAGCUCCUCAAGGCCGGCUUCGUGACGACUGUCCUCACCCGCAAAGACUCGAAUCGCGACUCGUCCUUCCCGUCGGGCGCCCUCGUCAAGGAGGUCGACUACGCGUCGUCUUCGUCGCUUGUCGAUGCCCUCGAGGGUGUCGACGUCGUGAUUGCGACCCUCACCGACCGAGACGCCCAAGUCGCCCUCGUCAAAGCGGCCAAGGAGGCUGGCGUCAAGCUCUUCGUUCCGGGCGAGUUCGGCAAUCCUACGACGAAUAUCGAGCAGAGCGAAGUGCACCCGAUCAUAUACGGCAAGAAGCAGAUUCAGGACUCGCUCAAAAGCGUCGGUUUGUCCGCUCUCCUCAUCUUCAACGGACCGUUCACCGAUACAACUUUCAAUGCCUUCCUCGGCUUCGACACGACGACUGGACGAAUUCGCCUCGUCGGCAAAGGCGACACCCCGAUCAGCUGGACCACUCGUCUUGACGUCGCUCGCUUCCUCGUCCACCACCUCUCUACGCUCACAUCCUUCCCAUCGCCGUCCGAGCCAGCCAUCCUUCGUAUCGAGGGCGACCGCAAGACGUACAACCAGAUCGUCGACAUCUACCGUCGCCUUCACCCAGAGCAGGACGUCCGUGUCGAGUAUGUGCCCGUCAAGGAGGCGGAGAAGAUCGCCAAGGACGUACAGAGCGACUUCAUCAAGAGCUUCAUCGAGUUCUUGUUGCUGAGCUGGGAGAAGGGUGCGACGGUUGACCGCGGACACGAGCUCGACAACGCUAGGUGGCCGGAGUGGAAACCGAAGAGCGUUGAGGAUGUCCUCAAGGAGCAGGCUUGA